AUGUACUUCGUCACCGCUGCGAGGGCCCUCCUCGCCGCCGCCGUCUUCCAGGCCGCCGCUGCCCACAACAUCGUCCUGCCCGCCCACGGCCGCGAGUGCUUCCACGAGAGCCUCCACAAGGAUGACACCAUGACCGUCACCUUCCAGGUUGGCGAUCGCGAGUUCGGAAGCGCAGGCAACCUCGACAUCGACUUCUGGAUCUCCAACCCCAGCGGCCAGUACGAGGCCAACGAGAAGACCGUCUCCAACGGCGACUACUCCUUCACUGCCAAGCACGACGGCAAGUACACCUACUGCUUCGGCAACGAGAACUGGGGUGCCAACACCAAGGAGGUCUCCUUCAACGUCCACGGCAUUGUCUACGUGAGCGAGUCUGAUGUCCCUGCCGAUCCCCUCGAACGUGAAGUCCGCCGCCUCUCCGAACUCCUCGCCCAGGUCAAGGACGAGCAGCAGUACAUCAUCAUCCGCGAGCGCACCCACCGCAACACUGCCGAGAGCACCAACAACCGAGUCAAGUGGUGGAACAUGUUCGUCAUCGGCAUUGUCAUUGGCGAGUCCCUCUUCCAGGUCUGGUGGCUGCGUCGCUUCUUCGAGGUCAAGCGCGUGGUAUAA